AUGUCCUUCUCUUCGCUCGUCUCAGACAUUGCCUACCGGAAUUCGGAACGGCCGGAGCGACCCGACCUGCGCUCUCAAAUAUCGGAAGCGCGCUCAACCCGGUCCUACGCCAGCACUGCCGCCACCAGCGUGAGCAUAUCCGGAGAUAUCAAGAGUCAAUUGCACGGAGGAUACAGCCAUCCAUUAUCGCGAGCAUGGCAGGCCGAGCGACAGCUCACAAAGUCGAUGCUCAUCUACCCCCUCUUCGUUUCCGACCAACCUGACGAGGAGACGCUCAUUCCCUCCCUACCAAACAUCCACCGCCGAGGCCUGAACAAGGUCGUGCCAUACCUCACCCCGCUCGUCGCAAAAGGCCUCAAGUCGGUCAUACUGUUCGGAGUUCCGCUCGCGCCCACUGCAAAGGACGCUCUUGGCUCUAAUGCAGACGACCCCAAAGGCCCUGUUAUCAAGGCCAUCCGCCUGCUUCGACGAGCAUUCCCCGAUCUCUUCAUCGUUGCCGACGUCUGCCUCUGCGAAUACACCUCACACGGCCAUUGCGGUAUCCUCCGCGACGAUGGUAGUCUGAACAACGCUUUGUCGGUAGAGCGAAUUGCCGAUGUAGCCCUUUCAUAUGCGAAUGCUGGCGCACAUUGCGUUGCGCCAUCGGACAUGAACGACGGUCGCAUUCGUGCUAUCAAGCUGAGGCUGAUUGAAGCCGGAAUUGCCCACCAGGUCGUGCUGAUGUCAUACGCAGCCAAGUUCUCCGGAUGUUUAUACGGUCCUUUCCGCGACGCUGCAGGCUCAGUACCCUCGUUUGGCGACCGAAGAUGCUACCAGCUACCCCCCGGCGGCCGUGGUCUGGCACGACGAGCUAUUACUAGAGAUAUUGGUGAAGGUGCAGAUAUUAUCAUGGUUAAGCCUGCAAGUCAGUAUCUGGACAUCAUCAGCGAUGCGAAGGAAAUCGGCAAGGAUAUGCCUAUCGCGGCAUACCAGGUGUCUGGCGAAUACGCUAUGAUCCACGCGGCCGCAGCCGCAGGUGUGUUCGAUUUGAGGCAGAUGGCGGAAGAGGCUACACAGGGUAUCCUUCGAGCAGGGGCUUCCAUUAUAGUCAGCUACUUCACACCUGAGUUCCUAGACUGGUUAGGCAACUAG